UACUGGUUUCUUUAUUGUAUUGUGUGGAAGUUAGAUAACGCCCAAUAUGCAUGCAUGGCCUGUACCUUUGCUGGCUCUAGUCCAAGUGCAGAGGCAGUGAACUUUGUAUAGACAAAAAAGUUGUCUGUACAAAUAGCCUGUUGAGUAGCCUUCCCUUAUGUAAGGAGCUGUUGUCUGCAUAACGGGUGUUUUCCAACAUUGAGGCCGGUCCACACUUCAACAAGCAGCGGCAAACAGGUGAGCAAAAACAACAAGAAGAGGCAACUCUAGGAACUGAGCUACACUCUUACACCAAGUCAAUCAACUAUUUAGUUCAGUCCAUUCCACCAUGUUUGCUUCAGUCAUCCUGCUAUUGAUCUGCGUUGUCUUCAUCUUCAUUCAACUCAAAUCCCGGAGGCCCAAGAACUUUCCACCAGGACCCCUCGUCCUACCGAUACUGGGGAACAUUUUGGACCUGAGCCUAGAUAACCCCCUGAAGGACUUUGAGAGGCUGAGGAAGACUUAUGGAAAUGUCUACAGUUUAUUUCUCGGCACCAAACCAGCAGUAGUCAUCAAUGGGAUGAAGACCAUUAAGGAGGCUUUAGUGACCAAGGGCAUUGAUUUUGCUGGAAGACCCCAAGACCUGUUUGUCAAUGACACCACCCAAAGGAAAGGAGUGAUUCUGGAAGAUUAUGGCUCUGGUUGGAAGGAUCAACGUCGUUUUGCUCUGAUGAACUUGAGGAACUUUGGUAUGGGGAAGGAUUCCAUGGAGGAGAGGAUUCAUGGAGAGAUAAAAUACACCCUUGACACGCUGGAGAAGAGCAUUGGCAAAUCCUUCAGUCCUCAAAUCAUGUUCCAUAAUGCGUCCUCCAACAUCAUCUGCCAGGUUCUGUUCGGUAAACGCUACGAGUAUGAUGAGGAGUUCAUCAAAGUGAUUGUUCGAUGCUUUACAGAGAAUGCCAAAAUAUCCAACGGACCAUGGGCUAUGCUUUAUGACUCUUUUCCCAUGAUUCGAAGCCUGCCGCUGCCAUUCAAGAAGGCCUUUAAGAAUGUUGAGACUGCUCAGAAUCUUGCAACUUCUUUGAUGAAUGAGCACAAGCAGACAAGAGUCCCUGGAGAUCCACAAGACUUUGUUGACUGUUAUCUGGAUCAGCUGGAUAAGGUGGGUGAUGAUCAUUCCUCCUUUUCAGAACGACAGCUGACUAUGUUCAUUCUGGAUCUUCACUUUGCUGGGACUGACACUACUUCCAACACCCUGCUUACUGGUUUUCUUUACCUUAUGAACUACCCACAUGUACAAGAGCGUUGUCAGCAGGAGAUAGAUGAGGUGUUGGAAGGGAAGGAUCAGGCCAGUUUUGAGGACAGAAACAACAUGCCUUACAUGCAGGCCGUGAUCCAUGAAGUGCAGAGGGUAGCAAACACUGUUCCACUCAGCGUCUUCCACUGUACGACUAAAGACACAGAGCUCAUGGGGUAUUCCAUCCCCAAGGGUACGCUGAUCAUCCCUAACCUGACCUCAGUGCUGAAUGAGGAGGGACAAUGGAAAUACCCCAAUGAAUUCAACCCUGACAACUUCCUCAAUGACCAGGGAGAGUUUGUCAAACCAGAGGCCUUCAUGCCUUUCUCCGCAGGUCCUCGUAUGUGUCUCGGAGAGGGUCUGGCUCGCAUGGAGCUUUUCCUCAUCAUGGUGACGCUGCUGAGGAAGUUUAAAUUCAUCUGGCCUGAGGAUGCUGGAGAGCCAGACUUCACUGUAGUCUAUGGGGUCACUCUGACUCCCAAACCUUAUCGCAUGAAAGUCCAACUUAGGGCAACGCAGUAAGCCCAGAAUUAAUGGAUGUUUUCGACCAACCGGCCAACAACAUGUUGAGCUACCCAAUGCUUCCACCAAACUACUCAUUUACCUCACAUUCAUUAUUAUUAAAUGAAUAAAACAUACACUACUUUCAAUAAAAGCAUCUGCUAAUGCUAUGAUCUUAAACAUGUUAAGCUAUGGAACAUGUUACAAACAUUGGCAGGCUUUUUUUCGGAAAACAAAACAAGAUCUGUUUUUCGAUUAGUGGUAGCUAUAUCCUGAGGAACUAUACUACUCUUGUAUAAAUCUAAUCUAAUUUUACAGUCUCUCCCUGCCUUAAGAUGCCCUACCUUAUGCCGGUUUAAAACUGCUUGCCUUUGAGUCUGACAUACCGGGUGUAGACUGUGGGUAUAGGCCUCCUGUUUCCACUAUCUGUUGAUCUUAUUUGCUGAACUACCAUUUCAUCAAUUUGGUGGUUUAUUACUACCCCAAUGGGUAGCAUGUCUAGUGAUAAUCCUAACUCCCUUUCUAUCCCCGCUAUCUUUAUCUGUAUUCUUCUUCAGCCUCUAACUUCUUCUUGGUCCCUUUCAAAGUGCCUUUGACAAAGAACUUUUGUCUGUUUUUCAUAACAUCUCAGGGUAUGGCCUUUUUUAUCUUGUUUUAAUCUUUUUCUAUUAGCUGUGAAUGGCACAGCCUAACGAACCAGGCUGCUGCCACCAUGGACUGCCAGACCACAUUGACCCCAGUAUGGUCUAUUUCCUCUUAAUCUUUUCAGGCUGUCACUAGCUGAUUGCUCGUCAUGACAACUAACAAUGCAAAUAGUGAAUUAUGGCAAUCGGUUGUCAUUUCUACAUUAUAUCUGCUUAGGUUAACCUAUAAUGUGAUUUUAAUGAACUGUGUAUUCCAUUAAGUAGAUAUAGGCUGUGACUGAUACAACUCCCUCAUUCACAACUCACUACUCACUAUCUAGGGAGUGCUUAGUUAGUGACUAUCCUUUGUUAACUACUUUUCAUGAUUUCAUGCCUUAGGGCAGGGGUGUCAAACUCAUUUUAGUUAAGGGGCCACAUACUGCCCACUUUGAUCUCAAGUGGGCCAGACCAGUAAAAUCAUAGCAUAAUAACGCAUACAUAAUGACAAUAUUUCUCUAUGUUUAAAUCAUUGGUGAAGGUUUUUGGAUGAUAAACCCUAUUUUAAGGUCUUUCUACAAUAAACUAGAAACAUAAAGACCAAAAACUCAGACAUCAGCCAAAUAAACUUCUCAAGUUUCCAAAUAAACUUCUCAAGAUCUAAAAAAUAUUUAAAAUGUACUAACUAACAUUUCCACAUCUGUGUAGUUAUCUGUACACCUGAACUGACUCACCACAAAAUACAAACAAACGUGGGAGCUAUUAAAAAACCCCCACAGUAUUCCUCGUUAGGCUAAUGUUGGCAAAAGCCUGUCGCUUCUCGGGGCACACGAUUUCUGCAGCCUUCAGCAUGCAUGUUUUCACGAACUCACCCUCACAGUAUGGCUUUGAGGCUGAUGCUAUUUCGUUAGCAAUAAGGUAGCUAGCUUUCACUGCUGCAUCACUUAUCUCUCGGCUGCGGGUAAAAACGGACUGUUGUUUCUUUAGACUUGCUAGCAUGUCAUUUAUCUUCUCUUUUCUCAGCUGUCCUUGCAAGCGGUCGUAUUUUUCGCCAUGGUGAGUCUCAUAGUGGCGCCGAAUAUUAUAUUCUUUGAGCACAGAAACUUGCUGCGAACACAACAAACACACAGGUUUUCCAGUUACCUUUGUAAAAAAAUAGGAUGUGGUCCAUUUUUCUUGGAAAACUCUGCACUCUGUGUCCACUUUUCUCUUUUUUGACAGAGACAUUUGGGGGUGAGGGUGUCACGCUUUUGACAGCAAAAGACCAGAUGCAUUAAAAAAGGCGGGUUGAUGCCAUCUGCUGUUUAGUUCUGGUUCUCAGUGUAAAUCGCUACUCUUACUCUUUACUUGUUUUACAGUCUAUGCCAUAGACUGUAAAACAAGUGAGACUCUAUGGCAUGCUCUUACUGAUACAGUGCGACCUCCAGUGGACUGAUUAGGAAUAGCAGCUACUUUUAUAGAAAUGCAAUUUUAUGUCUUUCUGUAAUUUUCACACUUAGCAAAGUCAUCAGGCCGGCGAGCUGGACCCCCUGGCUGAGGGGAUACUUUCAGUCCACUAUAAAGGAUAUAAUAUUUCUCACUAUACAUUUAGACUGGAAUACAAAACGGCAAACUUACUACAUAGUGGUCUAGUCAGAAACUUUGGACACAGAAAUAUACUUACUUCAUACUUCUCUAUCCCAUUGUCAUGUUAUCAUGUGUAUUACUUUUACCAUGACAGCAAAGGUAACUUAACCUUAACAGAACAUUUUAACCGUAACAAUGAUCAUAUCCUAAACCUAACCAAUUUGUUUUUGUGCCUUAAUCUAACCAGACCUUAAACACAGUGUUGUGACAUCUUAAAACAGAUUUAUUUUUUUUCAAUUAUUUGAAAUAGUUAUGAAAGGACAAAUUAUGUUUUCAUGCAGAUACUGUGGGCAUCAAAUUACAAAUCUGAGUCGUUGGAAGAUGAAUGGACAAACAAUGUAUUUUGUCAUUUAAUUUCAAUGAUUUUUUGAUUCCAUGAGAGCUUUUAUAUGUAUGAUUGCAACUUACACUGUCUCUGUAUUCAAAUGACAUGCUUUGAUAAGUUUACUUACCAAUAACUUAAAAUGGCACGCUUUUAUAUAUGUAGUGCUUACUUCAUGCUUUGAUAUGUAAUUGUCUUAUAUGGGAUAGAUAUGUUUGGGGCUUUCAGCAGAAAUAUGUUUUAAGUCUGAGGUAAGAUUUCUUGCAAUAGAUUUAUAAUGAUGCUUUUAUGAGUUAAAGA